CUAAAGGGACAUUUCAGCAGGAACAGGUGCAUGACCAUGAGGCCGUCUGCCGUGCUCUUCAUGCUGUUGGCUGCAGCUUCACAAAGCGGAGCAAAGCCCAAAACCCGCUUCACUCGCUACCCAUUAUGGAACACAAAGAUGUACCCGAUCUGGAAGGAUGGUGACCCAAGAUUCAAAGAUGCCUGGAAAGGUGGAAAAGUGAGUUUUGUUGUUGGGAAUGAUUCACCAACUCUGACUGGAGCCAAAGUCACCUUCACCAUCGACCUGGAGUUUCCCCACAAACAGAAGGUGCAGCCUGAUGGGAGCGUGGUAUGGGCUGAAGACUGCACAGUCAAUGGAACAAAGUUUCUUAAGUCUGAGCCAGUUUACCCAACACUGGACCCAGACUGGGAGACAGUUUUUCCUGAUGGAUCCCCAGUAAAGAAGGACAGGAAACCAGCGUAUGUGUUUGUGUGGAAGACGUGGGGUCAGUACUGGCAGGUGGCCGACGGGCCCUCCUCAUCCCUGACCAUUGAUACGGACAACAUCCCUCUGGGCUCCUACACCAUGGAUAUCGUUAUCUACCACUACCGAAGCAAGGAGAAGUUCAUUCCACUGGGAUACGCCUCCACACAGUUCUCCAUCACUGAUCAGAUCCCGUUCGCUGUCUCCCUGGACCAAGUAAAUGACAUUGUGGCCAGGGACAUGCGUUUUGUCCAGAACAGGGCGAUCGCCUUUACAGUUACUCUCCAUGACCCCAGCGAGUACCUCAGCAACGCAGACAUCACCUACAACUGGGACUUUGGAGAUGAGAGCGGAGCCCUGAUAUCCAGAGAGCUGACUGUCACUCACACAUACGUCGACUCAGGCUCAUUCAGGCCCCAGGUGGUGAUCCAGGCAGUCAUCCAAGAUAAGGCCUGCGACCCUCCAUCCGACAAACCAACCACUGCCCCUGGUCCACCUGCUCACCAGGUCACCACAGGCAGAGGACAGGAGACUUGGGAAUAA